AUGCGGCUGUCCAUAGCCCGGGUGCUGUACGGACGGAGGAUGCUGUGGCUCAUUCUGCUGAGCACAAUCGCUCUAGCGUGGACUACCCCCAUCCCCCUCAUAGAGGACUCGGAGGAGAUAGACGAACCUUGCUUCGAUCCUUGCUACUGCGAAGUCAAAGAGAGCCUCUUCCAUAUACAUUGUGACAGUAAAGGAUUUACAAAUAUUAGUCAGAUUACCGAGUUCUGGUCCAGACCUUUCAAGCUCUACCUGCAGAGGAACUCCAUGAGGAAACUGUACACCAACAGUUUUCUUCAUCUCAAUAAUGCUGUGUCCAUUAACCUGGGCAACAACGCCUUGCAGGAUAUCCAAACGGGAGCGUUCAACGGCCUGAGGAUCUUAAAACGGCUCUACCUGCACGAGAACAAGUUAGAUGUUUUCAGGAAUGACACCUUCCUGGGCUUGGAAAGUUUGGAAUAUCUGCAGGCCGAUUACAAUGUCAUCAAGCGCAUCGAGAGCGGGGCCUUUCGGAACCUAAGUAAGUUGAGGGUUCUCAUUCUCAACGAUAAUCUCAUCCCCAUGCUCCCCACCAAUUUAUUUAAGGCUGUCUCGCUGACCCACUUGGACCUGCGUGGAAAUCGGCUCAAGGUCCUCUUCUACCGAGGCAUGCUGGAUCACAUCGGCAGAAACCUCAUGGAGCUCCAGCUGGAGGAGAAUCCAUGGAACUGCACGUGUGACAUCGUGCAGCUCAAAAGCUGGCUAGAGCGCAUCCCUUACACGGCCCUGGUGGGGGACAUCACCUGCGAGACCCCCUUCCACUUCCACGGCAAGGACCUGCGUGAGAUCAGGAAGACGGAGCUCUGCCCCUUGCUGUCUGACUCGGAGGUCGAGGCCAGCCUGGGCAUCCCGCACCUGUCCUCCAACAAGGAGAACAUGUGGCCCACCAAGCCGUCCUCCAUGCUGUCCUCAGUCCACUUCACGGCUUCUUCCGUCGAAUACAAGUCUUCGAAUAAGCAGCCGAAGCCCACCAAGCAGCCUCGGACGCCCCGGCCCCCCUCCACGUCCCAGGCCUUGUACCCCGGUCCCAACCAACCUCCCAUCGCUCCUUACCAGACCCGGCCGCCCAUCCCGAUCAUCUGUCCCACCGGGUGCACCUGUAACUUGCACAUCAACGAUCUGGGCUUGACGGUCAACUGCAAGGAACGCGGGUUCAAUAACAUUUCCGAGCUCCUCCCGAGGCCCCUGAAUGCCAAGAAACUCUACCUGAGCAGCAACCUGAUCCAGAAGAUCUACCGCUCGGACUUCUGGAACUUCUCCUCCCUGGAUCUCUUACACCUGGGCAACAACCGGAUUUCCUACGUCCAAGAUGGCGCCUUCCUCAACCUGCCCAACCUGCGGAGCCUCUUCCUGAACGGCAACGACCUGGAGAAGCUGACGCCGGGCAUGUUCCGGGGCCUGCAGAGCCUGCACUACCUGUACUUCGAGUUCAACGUGAUCCGCGAGAUCCAACCGGCCGCCUUCAGCCUCAUGCCCAACCUGCAGCUGCUCUUCCUCAACAACAACCUGCUGCGGACGCUGCCCACCGACGCCUUCGCGGGUACCUCGCUGGCCCGCCUCAACCUGCGCAAGAACUACUUCCUGCACCUGCCGGUGGCCGGCGUGCUGGAGCACCUCAACGCCAUCGUGCAGAUCGACCUCAACGAGAACCCGUGGGACUGCACGUGCGACCUGGUCCCGUUCAAGCAGUGGAUCGACACCAUCAGCUCCGUCAGCGUGGUGGGCGACGUCCUGUGCCGCACCCCGGACAACCUCACCCAGCGCGACGUGCGCACCAUCGACCUGGACGUGCUGUGCCCGGAGCUGCUGCGCACCAUCCCGGCCGCCGGGGGCGCUGCCUCGCCCGGGGCGGGAGGAGGAGGAGGCCUGCCUGGGGGACCUCCGCUGCUCGGUGGGGGUCCCACCCGAGGGUCCCCCCCUUACGAGUUCGCGCCCCCGGGGGGCCCCGUGCCCCUCUCCGUGCUCAUCCUCAGCCUCCUGGUCCUCUUCUUCUCCGCCGUCUUCGUGGCCGCCGGCCUCUUCGCCUACGUGCUCCGGCGCCGUCGGAAGAAGCUGCCCUUCCGUAGCAAGCGGCCCGAGGGCGUGGACCUGACGGGCAUCCAGAUGCAGUGUCAUCGGCUGUUCGAGGACGGAGGCGGCGGGGGCGGCGGGGGGGGGCUGGGAGGGCGGGCGGCCCUCGCCUCCCCCGACAAGGCGCCCCCUCCCGUGGGCCACGUGUAUGAGUACAUCCCGCACCCCGUCACGCAGAUGUGCAACAACCCCAUCUACAAGCCCCGGGAGGAGGAGGAGGAGCAGGCAGCAGCGGCGGCAGUGGUGGCUGCGCCCAUUGGGGCGGACCCCCCAGGGGGUGCAGACAGAGGGGGACCCGGCCCCCCGGGACCCCCGGGCCUGGGCGAUGCACAGUUCUCCGAAGCCACCAAGGAGAACGCCAGCAGCUACCGGACCUUGCUGGAGAAGGAGCAGGAGUGGGCGCUGGCCGUGUCCAGCUCCCAGCUCAACACCAUCGUCACCGUGGCGCAUGCGCACCACCGCCCGGCUGCCAUGGUGGUCGGGGGCGUGGCCGGGGGCGUGGCCAGCCCCGGGGGGGACUUGGCUGGAUUCCGCCACCAUGAGAAGAACGGCGGGGUGGUGCUGUUCCCCCCCGGGGGCAGCGGGGUGCUGCUGGACCGGGACCGGCCGCAGGCCGCCCCGUGCACCGUGGGCUUCGUGGACUGUCUCUAUGGCACCGUGCCCAAGUUGAAGGAGCUCCAUGUGCACCCGCCCGGCAUGCAGUACCCCGACCUGCAGCACGACGCCAGGCUCAAAGAGACCCUCCUCUUCUCAGCCGGAAAGGGGUUCACAGACCAUCAGACCCCCAAAAGCGAUUACCUCGAGUUAAGGGCCAAACUUCAAACCAAGCCGGAUUACCUCGAAGUCCUGGAAAAGACAACCUACAGGUUCUGA